CGCCAAUACUAACCUCGACAUCAACCACAGCCGUCGUCAAAAUGGGUGCCACUACCGUCCCUACCAACGAGCAGAUUCUGGUCCCCGAGACCUUGCUCAAGAAGCGCAAGAGCCAGGAGAAGGCUCGCGCCGAGCGCACCGCCGCUCAGCAGAAGAAGAAGACGGCCAACAAGGAGAAGCGCGGCGUCAUCUUCAAGCGUGCCGAGAAGUACGUCACUGAGUACCGCGAUGCCGAGCGCGAGAAGAUCCGCCUGGCCCGCGUUGCCAAGAAGAACGACUCGGCCUACAUUCCCGCUGAGUCCAAGCUGAUCUUCGUCCUCCGCAUCAAGGGUAUCAACAAGAUGCCCCCCAAGCCCCGCAAGAUCCUUCAGCUCCUCCGCCUUCUUCAGAUCAACAACGGUGUCUUCAUCAAGGUCACUAAGGCCACCACUGAGAUGCUGAAGAUCGUCGAGCCUUGGAUUGCUUACGGCUACCCCAACCUGAAGUCUGUCAAGGAGCUUGUCUACAAGCGCGGUUACGGCAAAGUCAACAAGCAGCGCGUCGCCCUGACUGACAACGCCAUUAUUGAGGAGAACCUCGGCAAGUACGGCAUCGUCUGCAUGGAGGACCUCAUCCACGAGAUCUACACCGUCGGUCCCAACUUCAAGCAGGCCGCCAACUUCCUGUGGCCCUUCAAGCUCAGCAACCCCACUGGCGGCUUCCGCACCCGCAAGUUCAAGCACUUCAUUGAGGGUGGUGACCUUGGCAACCGUGAGGAGGCCAUCAACGCUCUCAUCCGCCAGAUGAACUAGAGUAGGUGUCUGGUUGGCUAUAGGGACUUGUUGGCUUGGGUGGUUCAAAAAUGCAUGGUUGCUCGGCGUUGAUAUCACGACACGGCUUUGUGGUAAAUUGAUUCUCUGAAUGACAAGAGCUUCCAUCGUGUGACGGCCCGUUGAUAAUGCUUGUUUGCCUAUAUUCUGUGAAGAGUAUGCAAGUCUCUCUCAUGCAUCGUACAGUUCUAAUCGCCGUUGACAGUCUCGGACAUGCAAGGG